UACCAUCAGAAGUGGAAUCAGCAGCAAGAGCUCUUAUUGAUGUGUUAGCCAGGGGCCUGGAUUCAUCUUCAUCAAACGGCCUUACUCCUUUGCCUACUCUGACAGAACCUGAAAAUAGGCUGAAGCAGGCAUUAAAAAGGCAGUUCCAGAGUAUGUUGGGGACUGAAAAUGACCAGCCUAGGCGCAAAAAACGUUUCUCUGUGGCCAAACCUGGCAAUGUGAAAAAGACAGAUUUUCUCAUUUAUGUGCUCUCCGAACCAACCCUGUCGAGUCCAAAAGAUGAUGAAGACCUAAAACUUCUACAUGCUGGGCUUGGAAAAAAGCUGUUAACUCUUCCAGACAGUUUUAAACACAGUGAGAUUGCCACUUUGCUUGAGGAAGAAUUUCCUAAAUUAAAAAGUCUUCAGGGGGGGCUGGAUGUUUUACAAGUCUACAGGUGGUGGUGAGCAGCAACAUAAGCUGUCUAUAAUCCCCACAGACUCUGAUGGAUACUCAACUCGGCUCCUGAAAUCGGUGUCGAAUAAUGGGAAGAACAUGCUUUUUGUAGUUCCACUACAAGAGCAGCUUUCUAUUGAACCUUUACCCUUUGAUUCUGUGGAGUUUGCCAAGAUGCCACAGUCAAACUGUAUGAAAUGUGGCAGGAAAAUACCACUGUCAUUGCUGCCCUCACACAUUAAAGAGUGCGAAGUAACUAAGACUGAGUCCAUAACUGAUGUGACUCUUCUUGAUUAUGAAGAGGAAAAUGCAUUUCAUACAGAUUUAGAACCACCAUCACAGACUUGUCCCAUUUGCCAGAUGUCUUUCUCAGCUGAUGUCUUACCUUUUCAUGCAAGCAUGUGUGGUGAAGGUGGGUGGACUUUCAGUGGCAGUGAUUCUCCAAGCACUUCAACAAGAGAAGAAUUGCCAGGACCCUCAAUCACACCAACAUUUACAUUCUCAUCGCUAUCAACAGGGUGGAAAAAUGAAAUUGACUCAGAGAAAGCAUCUCGAAUGUUCUGUGAGGAAUUGCUCUCUCAAAAUAAAUACUGUCCAUCUCUGUCACUACGCAUCAACCAAUUUGGUACUGUAGAUGAGCAGGACAGUGCACUGAUUUCAUUUUAUAAAAUGAACAGUGCUAACUGGUCAGCUCCACUGAUAUGUAGCUUGAUAGGAGAUGCAGCUGUUGGCAAAGGAGUCACGCGUCAUGUUUUGUCAAUGGUGAUGCAGAAACUAACGACUGGCUUCACUUUAAAUUUGGGUUCUGCUACCACAGCCCUUUUUGAGGGGGGAAAAAAACCACCGUGUCCCUUCUGCAUCUGCCGUACUACGGGACAGCAACCUGUUCCGAAUAGCUGGCCGAAUGAUAGGUCAUUCUUUUUUACAUGGAGGUCCUUGUCUUUCUGGACUGAGCUUACCUGUGGUCGUCCUUCUAACUGGAGGGAAUGCUGACAGUGCGGCUUCAGCUCUGACACUGCAGGAUUGCCCAGACCUAGACCACAGGGAAACCAUUAGUUUGCUCAGGAAAACACAACUCACUGAAGAAGAAAUGACUCGAGUGACAGAAUUAUGCCUUUUCUGGGAUCUCCCUGUUCCAUCGUUGCGUAAUCGAGACUGGCUGUUUCAACAGCUGUUGUCACAUGCUGUACUUGGACGUGUUAAGUGCCAGAUUAAAGAUUUGAGAAAAGGCAUUAAAGACACUGGCAUCUGGCCACUUCUCUCCCAGAGACCCGACAGUCACCGCAUUGUUUUCCCAAGAGAGUCAGUUAGGGACAUCGUAUCACAGGAAAUUCUUCAGAAAAUUGUUUGGCCUAAAUAUGUGGAUGAUGACUCCAUUACUGUUGAAAAAAUGAGUGACAUCACAGGCUAUAUGAGAAGAUUUAUUGAAGAAGCAUCACCAACCAUGCUGAAUAACUUAAUGAAGUUCUGGGUGGGAUGGGAGUUGCCGGAAGAAAACUUGGAGUUAAAGUUGGGGAUGCCAAGUUCCCUGUUGCAUACACAUGUUUCAAAAGUUUGCGCCUUCCCUGUCACUACAAGAGUUAUGCUGCAUUCAGAGCAGAUAUGUUAAUGUGCCUGAACUCUGUAAAUAGUGGAUUUGGCCAUGUUUAACUAGAAAGAGAGAGUGGGACAGUGUGUGGGAUUUAAAUGUUGUUCCAGGGUCAACAAAAUAUGUGACUGAAUAUGACUGAGUUGAAUAUGACUGAACAAAAUAUGACUGAGUUGCCUCUUUAAAAGAGGAUAUGGUAAUGUUCAUAAACUUAGAUUGUCAAAUUAGAUUAGAUUCAUUUAACAAUAGUUCUAAAAAGACAAGAAGACAAUGUUUUUGAACUUAAUGUUUUAAAUGUUAAACCAUUUUAUUUGUCAACUGGUAUAUAUUUAACCCUUUAACUGUCACUCUCAUUUUUUAACAUAGAUGUGAAAAUGCACUAUUCAAACUUAUUUUUUUAUAAUUCAAGAACGAAAACAUUUUGUAAUAUGAUUUUAAUGUACAUUUUCCAUUGUUAAUGCAAUGUCUGAUUUCAAAAUGGUUUUCAAAGGAUGAAUUUUGUGAUUUUAAAAUGUUUUCAACUGAUAUCUAAUUUUUUAUGAUAUCUAAAGCAUGACAGGAAAAAAGAUAGACAACUAAGAAAGUCUUUUUGUGACAAAGGUCAGAACUCUUGUUAUGAUGUAGAUUUUUUAAGGUGCACUCUUGUCAUAAAUUAAUCUACUGCUUUUCCUACAUAAUUUGUAACAAAACAGUGGUAAAAUAUCUAUUUAAGAGUCUUAGACAUAUAGUUUGGCAUGAUUAGAUUAGGAUUUAUUUGUAAUAUGGUGAAGUAAACAUAUGCAUCCCGUAUAUAUUUAUAUAUACACACAGUAGUCAACAGAUUAAAGUCAUAAAGGAAGUGAAAUUAAUGAAAUGAUUAAUGAACAUGAAAUUCAUGAAGUGAAUUACCUCUGAUUUUGAACACUUUUUCCAGCAAUGAAGCUGUUGUCAUCAGCCACAAACUGAAAACAUCAGUUCUGCAGUUCUCACCUUUUCACCUCCAUGAUCACCUCUCACUCUGCAAAAACAAAAAAACAAAAACAAACAACAACAAAAAGCACACAUUAUGUUAGGUUGCAUUUACACACAAUUAACUCUUGUUUUGAUAAAGACAGUGUAUGAGAUUAAACAUGAACAUGGAUAUGACCUUUUUUUCUUUCUUUUUUGAAAGGGAAAUUUAAAAGUUAACCCACAGGUUAGACCAGUUCCACUGCAUCCUCCAGUGGACACUUUGGGGAUUUUCUGCAAGCAGGACCGGUGUCUGAAGCACCUGUGAAAAAAACUCCAAUCCUCUCGGUCCACAUAGCUUGUGAUGUCAUGGGCAGGCGCUCAGUAGCAUAAAAUGGCACCUGCUAAACACGUCAUCAACUUUUGUUGCCUUAGCUACAUCGCUGUGUUCCUAACUUGGUUUGGAUGUCUCUCUUUCACCCUUUCCUAGAAAAGGUUAGGUGUAUGUCUGUCAGUUCCUUGGUGCUAUCCCACCAGGUGGACAGGCAUGUGCAAUUUUUUUUUCUUCCCGAAGUGUCCGCUAGGGGAUGCAAGCUUGCUUGUUUGCUCUCAUAGUUACCCUUGUGUGUUCAUAUGACAAUUGACCACACCCCCUUGUUAUCAAGUUUCGCUUGUUCUAUCUGUGUAUUUAUAGUGUUUGGCUUUCACUUCUGUUAUGUUAGUGUAAACAAAAUAUGGUGUUAGUGUAUGGAUUCCAGUACUGUUUCCUGGAUGCUCCUGGUUUUCCUGUGUGGACUGUCUCAUGUCAUGCUGUGGAUUAUCUGAGUUUUGUCUUUUCUUAAUUAAAGUUGUGCAUGCAUGUGGA